AUGGCCGAUCAGGAUGCUUACGGUCGUAUCGCGAAAAAAAUCAACGAUUUAAGAGUUAUCGAUUUGAAGAAUGAACUGGAGAAGCGGAAUCUAGAGAAGACAGGCGUGAAGCAGGCCUUGCUGGAACGACUUUCAAAAGCAUUAACAGACGAGGGUAACAAUCCAGAAACGUUCAUCUUUUUCACCGUCGCUCCCACAAAGCAAAAUAGUAGGCCAUUCAAAUUUAUUCAUAUAUAUCCAGAAGAGAAGUCAGAUGUCAGUUACACCGAACGGGAGAGCGCAGUCGAAGAGGUUGGCUCUGAUAGGAGCGAGAUGACCACUGCCGGAUUUGAAGAAGGAAGUCCUAGUCCUGGUGACAAGAAAAAGUUAUCAGAAGGCUCUGCAUCGUCGUCUCAACUAAUCAAUUUGGAUAGUGAUACAGAAGGAACUAGUGAAAAAGAAGGAGAAGCUGCCGCUACUAUGUUUAAACAAAAGUCAGGAAAAACUGAAGAAACUUGUGACCUUUUGAACGAAAGUAACGAAUUUGAGGAUCACCUGAUCGUCGAUCUCGAUGGAGAUGACUUUCCAAGGAUGUCGAAUGGGAAAAUUAUACAAAAUGAUAUGCCUAUGGAAUCGUCUUGCAAUGCAGAUGAUGAUGUUGAAGAAAGAGGAAUUGACAUUGAUGACAAUGAUAUGUAUGAUAGUGGCAAUAAUAACAACAAUGAAGAAGAUGAAUACUCGCUAGAGAUCAACGACGAUGAAGACAACGACAAUGACAUGUACAACAACAACGUGCAGGACAAUGCAUCCGGUUCUCUAGUCAUUCAAGGGUACCACAUAGACACUGACAAAGAUGAAACAGAUUCCGACCUUGCCAUCAAUAUAUCUGACUUCCCACACGAACUACAGAGAACAUCAUCCAACCUUGACUCCAGCAGUGAACUGCUACGCGACCUCGAACAUGCCGACGAUGACUUCCUAAAUCACGAGGAUGGAACCUUAGUGCCAGAGGAAGAAAUUAAUGAGGAUAAAUUGUUGAGUCUGCAUGCAGAUGAAGCCACUGAAUUGCCUCAUGAUGACAAGAAGCAACCAAUCCAACAUCAACAACAACAACAACCUCAGAAAUCAAACUCAACUGAGAGACCAGGGGAAGCAAUUGCCAGCACUGAUGAAAACAAUAACGAUCCAAACAGGAAAGAUACCCCAGUGAAGUCCGCCGACUCCUCACUCAAUAUUAAAACUGAUGUCAGACCGAAUACCUCGCCAGCUGGAGCUCUCAUAAAAGAAGAUAAAGAAAAAGAUCAUGUUAAAGUAGACACAGCAGCUAAGAAUGAAGAAAACAAAAAGGAGAAAGUAGUGGAUGAGAAAUCUUUUCAAAGCAUUCCCGCAUCCAACUCCUCGUCCAUGAGUCAUGCAGUCUCCAGUGACACCAACAUUUCUUCAGAUGUUGGUAAUGUUAAUAAAAAAAGAUGCAUCUACUGUGGAUUGGGGAAAACUUCAUUAACACAGCAAAACCUCUUUGCAAUUGUGGACCUAAAGACUUCCAUUUUUCCAUCAUCUGAUCCACUGGACAUUAAUAGCGGGACCAGCUUAACAAAAGAUGGCAAAGAAAUGAAAAAGUUAACAACGACCUUAAUGUCCAACAACUCUGGGAACAACUUGUGGGUCAGUGGACUGUCCUCGACCACGAGGGCUGCUGACCUCAAGAAUCUCUUCAGCAAAUAUGGAAAGGUUACAGGAGCUAAGGUAGUCACAAAUGCCAAAAGUCCCGGGUCAAAAUGUUACGGCUUCGUGACCAUGAUGACUGCAGAUGAAGUUUCAAAAUGCGUCGAGUUCCUCAAUAGAACAGAGCUGCAUGGAAGGAUGAUAACUGUUGAUAGGGCUAAAGAUAAUUCAUCAGCCCAGGUGAUUGUAAAUAAGAAGGUUCUCUCUAACAAGACAGCUGAGGCGUCAAAAGAUUCAAAGAGCAUUGUGAGGAAAGAUAGAGAUGAACAAGAUAAGAGCAAAAUAGAUGAUUACCAUCAUAGCAGUAGGUUUAAGUAUGAUAGCAGAAAGAGAUCACCCAUAAGAGAUAUGCUAACUCUUGAAAAAAUCAGGGAGGCCAGAGAGAAAGAGAAGGAAAGACAGAGGGAGAGAAUAAAGAGACAAGAGGAGAAGAGACAGGAGAUGAUGCUGAACAGAGAGAGGGAGAGGCAGAGAGAGAUAGAGAUGUUACAGAGAGAGGAGGCAAACAGGCUGGCUAGGGAGAGAGAAAAAUUGAGAUUAGAGAAGCAGAAAUUGGAGCUUGAUCGCAUGAAGGCUGAGAGAGAGAAAAUUGCUCUGGAGAGAGAGCGCCAGAAGAGAGAACGUGAAAAGUUGGAGAGGGAUAGAGAAGAGAGGAGGAAACAGUUACUCAGAAAAUCUCCAGAGCUAAAAAGACCACCUACCUUUGGAUAUGGAGCCACCAAGAGACCACCAAGAGCAAGCCAUCGGAGCAUCGCGGUAGCAUUGCUGAUCACCAUCACCUCCAUAGUUCUAGCUCAAGGAGAGAGAGAAGCAGGAGUAAGCAUGAUAGUAAGAGCAGCGAAUGCAGCAGCUGCUGCAUUGAAGCAGGCGUCGUCACUGACGUCAUCAUCAUCACGUGGUAGAGGAAGCUCCCCGAGUGCCAAAGUUGAGUGGAGGAUGUGCGGAGUUAAGCCAUCCUCUGAAAGCGUUAUGGAUCAUCGAAGAGGUCUGCCUGGAAACAGCAGUGGUAGUAGCAGUGCCGACUGGAGCAGCAGGAGAAUGAUGAGUACGUGUUUCUGUGUUACUCCGGAUGAAGGAAACGCUCCAUUAGACUACCAACAUCACGGACAUCAUUACCCACCACUACAGUGGCCGGCUGAACACACCAAGAACAUUCUAUCUUCCAACUUCAUAGCUCCCAGGUCGUGGACCUCAUCGGGUAUGAUGCCCUCCCUCCAAUCAUCAUUUGCACCCCAGUUUGAUGGACCUGGUGGAUCCUUCAUGCCCUCUGGCUCCAACUUUAUGGGUGGCCUAAACAGAGGAGGACCUGGUCCGUUUGAGAGCUACAAAUCUAUGGGGCCCUCGAGUGGGUCAUUCAGAAGAUAUUGA